AUGGUGCGCAGCCGUUCUCAUCUAGAGGCGAGGUCUGCAAGCGACACCUGGGUCGUACUCUCCACAGAGGAGUCAACAAGCAUGGUCACAGCAACAACCGGUGAGCGCACCGGCACACCGUUGACGACGGCCUCACGGCCGCGCCUACCACAGCACCACCGUGCCGCCCUACCCGUUGUCCAUAUCCGUGCGAGACCCACACUCACCCACCUUGGUGAGACAAAAGAGCAGCGCCGCGUGUGGUGUCUCGACCACCAGAACAUUGUUGUGCGCUCCAACAAGACGGCGCCGGAGCGGCACCACACUGUCUCACCGGCACGCACGCGAGCAGACACCGCCACCGCGCCGUUAUCGCCGAGAUGCCACUCCACUUCCCCUGUGCGCGGUGGCGGCAGGAGGGGGCGGGCGUUGAGCUGCACGCCAAAGGACCUUGGGACGCCGUCGCCGCUGUGCCCCCCACCGGCGAAAGAAACGCCGCGUGAGCGCUACAGGAGCAUUCCACGCAGUCGCGGUGCCUCCGCCGUUCUCGCGCAAAGCGGGGGGAAGCCGGCCGCGGGGAUAAGUCUGGCCGACACGGUGUCUCCCAGGAGGUGCGAUGGCGGAGGGCGAGAGGAGCACUUUACCUUCGAUUUCAUACACGGUGAGGAUGUAACACAAGAGGAGGUGUUUGAGGAGAGUAUUUUGGACUUCGUCGACAUGGCCCUGCUCGCACAGAGCGUCGCCAUUAUCUGUUACGGACCUACAGGGAGCGGCAAGACGUACAGCAUGAUGGGCUCUACGCGUAGCCAGCCUGGCGCGAAGCGAACUAGCAGGGGUGCACAAGGCAGUACGCCAGUCCUCGACAAGCAGCAGCCACCAAGAAGCAAAAGCGGGAGUAAACCCGUUGUUAGAGGCGAAUGCUCGCCGAAGAGCUUUUGGAGUAGCACCACAACAGGCACUUCAGGCGGUGGCAACACGGCAGCAGCAACAGCAACCUGGGUGAAAGGGCAGAAAGAAAAGCACCAGCAGCGUCGCAAGACACACACUCCAGAGCGCACGACGGAUGCGACGGGAAGCUCGCUGUCGUCAGUUACCUCUCCUUAUGAAAUCGAGUGGUCUGGCUUAUUGGACAGUGGCACAUCUCUUGGAUGUGAAGGGAAAUCCGGUUUGAGUGGCAGUGGCCGCCUGUCAUCUCAGUCAGCGGCAGAGAAGAUGGCAAUAACAGGUGGAGGGACCGAGACGAUGGGGCUGCUGCCACGUUUUGUAUUUGUCCUCUUGGAGCGAUGCGGGGAGCCGAUCACAUUGGAUCGGGAGGAGGCAGCGAUGAAGACGCCGUCCGGCAAUCGCAGUGGUGGCGUUAAGGACAAGGCCCCGGAGCAGCGACGCCAUAACGUGACGUUGACACUGCGGGAAAUCACAUUCUACGGCGUUGAGUUGUACAUGGAUGAGUUCCGCGACCUUCUGGACCCCUCUAAGCGGCCUAUCCCAAAUGUCGGCGACAUUGGCGGCCUCGAUGCGUUCUGCGAGAAGAUGAACAAACCGACACCGUCCACACCACGUGGUGGAAGCGGCAGCGGUUGUGGUGGUGGCAGCAACACGGCGAGGACGAGUAGCAACACCCCGUUUCGCGGUGGCGGUAUGCCAGUGUCGUCUGUUGACGAUCUUCGCCGCUGCUACUCCCUGGCGUCACGUAACCGCGUCACGAAGGGGCACCAGCGGAAUGACACAAGCUCCCGCUCCCACGCGGUGUUUAUUCUGCAGCUGCGCUUUGAUCUGACGGGCUCCCGAAGAGUGGGAAAUGAGGCCCCACCGAAGAGUGUGUACUCAUACGUUGCCAUGGUCGACCUGGCUGGGUCGGAGCGGGUGAAGGACACCAAAGUGGAGGGCGCCGCGCUACGUGAGGCGCAGUAUAUCAACAAGUCGCUCUCUGCCUUGUCCUCGGUGCUCUUAGCGUUAUACCAGCGCUCUAGUCACGUGCCGUACCGCGACUCGAAGCUCACACGACUGCUGCGACCGUGUUUGGAGUGGGGACGCGUAUUGACCCUUGUCCACGUGACGCCGUGCUCCGCAGAGGAGACAAUCAACUGUCUUAAGUUCGCAGAGCAGGUGCGCCAUACCAGCGUGCAGACGCAUAGCUUCCUCAACGUGACCGAUGAGCUCGUUGCCGUGUUUGAGGACCUCAACGAUCCGCAGGCCGAGGAGCGUUCCGAGGCGUAUCGUCGGUCGGAACUAGAGUAUGCGCAGCUCUGCGCCGAGGUGAGGCUCGCGUACCUUGACAGAGGCGAUAAUAGCCUUACCCCGAGCAGCUUGCUGUUGCACGGAGGAGGAGCAGCAGAAGCAGCAGAAGCAGCAGCAGCAGCAGCAGCAGAAGGAGGAGGAGGAGGAACAGGUGCGACAACAGACUCCUUCGACGUGUUGACGUCGCGGCGCAACUUUGCGCACGUCAAAAUGCGCGAAUACGCCAUUGGAGUGAUGCUGGGGCGGCACAUGUUCCGCUACCGGAUGCUGGAGGACGAGGAGCUGCAGGAGGCGGCCGCGGAGCUUGGGCGUGAACGGGAUCGCCAUGUUGAAGAAUACAGACGCCAGAAGGAGAAUGAAGUGGAGAGCUUGAAGCUCGUCAUUGAGCAACUGCGCUGCUACAACGCUCAGCUUGCGGAGGAGAAUAGUCAGCCGGUGCUGCGGGACGCCCACGCCAUGGCGAUCAAGCAGCGUUUGAAGGACAUCUCCGCUGAAAUCACCAACCACGCAAAAGAGAAGCUAUUGCUGUCUGAAGGCAUUCGCGCCAUACGGCAACGCCUGGCGUUACAGGAUGACUUGGAGCUUUGUCUAGACGAGCAGCUACGAGAUCUAGAAAAGCACACCAAUGCAGACGGGACCGUGACCCGGCAGCCCGUCGAUGGCAACGUUGAUGAAGAAAUGGGCGCUAUCUACCAGCAGCAGCUUCUUCUUUCAAAGGAGAUGUCACUCCUGCGGAAGGAGUCUACGUGCUUUGUCUUGAGUGACGAGGUGUGGGAGGGGCUAUGGGCCCGCGUCAUGCGGCAGGAGCUGCUGCUGGCGCACCGCAUUGAGAUGGAGAUGCUAGACAGCAUCGUGCUGCAGCCAGGGUCGCUGCGGUGGGCGCUCGAGGCUACCGGCCUGGCGCCUGACACGGCCAAGACGGCCGUGCAUCUCACACCCGCAGGACCGAUGAACGUUGACCGGCUUCUGGAGAUGCUCAAGGCGGAGUGGAGCCAAAUGUCAGGCAGUUUGGACGUGCGUGGUGGAGGAGAUGGUGAAAACAGUGCCACUGUUGCCGCCAUCCCACUCACCCUGUCAAAUAGCGAUGAGGUCAAGAGUGUACAUACACUCAUCGGCUCCUACAAUGAUGAGGCGCGGCUGCAGGAGAUGAGUGUGAAAAAACUACUGAACGAAGGAAUUCACUGCGAGGCGGUGUGUUUGGCAGGCGGCAUCAACGUUGAUGAGCUCCGCUCGCGGAAUGCCCCGCUCGCAAGUGCGAUGAGGGAUGCGAACCACAGGACGCAGUGGGGUUGCCUGCGCCUUGUUCACCCACCCAAGGACGCCUCAUCCUCCUGCCUCGAGUUCUCACAGCGCACGCAUGGGAACAGCGACAAGGUGCGGGAGCGGCGAAUCAUUUCUAUCCCGCUGGGGGAGCCGCAGCUGCGCAUACUUCUCCACGUCAUCGAGGCGGAGAGUAUGGCAAGCGCGCCAGCGUCGAAUGGCGAAGGCGCAGCGCCAACAGCUACGGUCCCGUUGUUUGCGCUGGAGCUCCUGGGCGUUCCCCCUGCUGCGCAACAACAGCAGCAAGAGGAUGGAGGCACAAAGUCGCGUGGACACAUGCGGCUCCCCACACCGCGCCUCGUCGAAGUGGGCGCUGGGUGCAUGCUCAAUGGUGGCGAAAAUGCGGCAGCUCGCAACAUCGUCCUCACAAAGCGCCUAGACUGUGGUGGUGAGCUGCUGCUCCCUGCUGCUUGCAUGGCCGACUGCGAGGAGGGUAGCGGUACCAUUGUGUUCCACUUCCCGGAAAGCCUCGUCGCGACAUCAACACGUACUGAAGCCGUCGAGUGUGUCGUGGCGGCCCUCUCCGGUCUCACGGUGCCGGCGCUGCCGCUCUCGUUCACCUCCUCCUCCUCCACGCAUCAACCGUCCUCUAGCUAUGGUGAAGAAGCCACCAUGGAGAGCGGUAUAAAUAUCGUUACAUACCAGCACGUACCGCACAUACUGCUCAAUGGCUACGGCGCCCCACUGCGCAGCGGGGUAGGUGCAGGUGGGCCGACACUUGUACGUGGUCCUGGUAUGCCGCCGCUAGGCUACACCACCUCUAUGCAGGUGCGCUUCUACUUCCCCAAGGAGAGGAACACCGGCGCAUUGGGGAACAGUGCUGCUGCUAAUAAUACCACUACUGCUAUUGUUCGGUCCCCACGUGCCCGCGCCAGCAAUCCGCUUGAGGCUGUCUGCGCGAUACUCAACCGACUCGGGGCACUUACGCUACCGAGCAACGGCAGCACGGAGGAGGGAGCAACAGCGGAAGAAAAUGAAAUCGAUUUGAUUCUGUCACGCCUGCAGCAGCUGCAUGCAUUCCGGAAGAAAACGAGGGCAAAGGUACGGCAGCAGAUCUUUGACGCAGAGGACAUCAAGGCGGAGCUGCUGUACAGCUAUUCAGAGGGUGAGUUCAUGCGUGGCUCUCACAUUAAGGACGUGCUGAAGGAGGCCCGUGAACUGGUUGACCUACAGCAGCUACGUGGUAAUUGUGCAUCCUGCUCGCGGGUCCCCGUUCGCGCCACGCCGGGUCUCUGUCGUGAGCUUUGCGGCGCCGCCGUUCCGUGGACGGUAUGGCAGUGGGCCCACCGGUGGAAGUCGCUUCGGGAGACAUACGCACAUCAGCAGCAGCAAAGUCCUUCAAACGCGUACAUUCUCGAUAACGAUGACAGCUUGGAUGAUUCUGAGGAUGGCGUCCUCUCAGACGCCGUUGCCUCUGCAAGAGAGUCCAACACUCAUUCAUCUACUGUGUUUGAAGAGCUACCAUGCUUUCUCUCCAGUAUGGAAUAG